UUCACACCUGGCCGCUGUCAUUCAACCUCUUGUACGAUGUGUUGGUAAUGUGAGUUGUGAAACGCCAUUCGGUGCAUCGUAGCAGUUGAAAAGAAUUUUUUGAUAGUAAAAUCGCUGAUUAACUGAGGGUACGGCGAAAAGCAAGACAUCCGCUUUGCACUCGUUUUUAGAACACUUGUCGCUCGAUAACGAUUCGGGAACGGAGUGAGGCCAGAAAAUUCGUGUGUCCCCUUCACGUACUGUCAGCUUGGAGUGGUGUGUGUGUUAUCUCGAGAGUGGCGAAAAAUAUCUUGUGGAAGAUUGAAUUCGGUUUGCAAUUUCCUUAGCUACUUCCCCGUUUGCAAAGGUAAUGUUCGAGCGCACGGGUCUGUGAAGAAUGCUGCAGCAGGAAAGGGAGUAACUGGCACGAUCCGAUGCCAUUGUUUCCGACGCUCGUCAAGGUGAUUUACGCUUAGGCACUUUUCAACGAACACGGAGAGCCCAUGAUCUGCCCGAGCAAAACGAGCUGAAUGAACUACAUUUUCAGUGCAUAACGACGUUCCUGCCAGAGAUUGUACCAAAUAUAAUUGAUUACACCGCGCGCUAAUGUUUUUCUGUGAUCUUGUUAAGUGCUGUGCUAGUAAAUAUUAGAAGAUAAUUUACAAAUCAUCACUAUGUUCUGGGAAAAGUCCUAUUCGCAGUCUCAAAAUAUUGAGAACUUGCUGCAAAAAGAGGAUGUCACAGUUGAGGAGCUUUUGGAUGAUGAAGACAUACUUCAAGAAUGUAAAUUGCAGACCCGACGCCUUAUGCAAUUCCUAACUCGUCCGGAUGUGAUUAAACGACUGAUUACCCUAACCAUCACAGAACCUCCAGAGAAUUUAUCAGUAGCAGAACGUUUCAAAUACUCCAAUACAGCUUGUGAAAUUUUAACAUUCGGAUUACCGUCCUUAGACCAAAAACUCGUAGAAAACACCGAAAUAUUGCAGACUUUAUAUUCAUUCUUGGAAAAUGAACCACCGCUUAAUCCUCUUUUAGCAGCAUUUUUUAGUAAGACUUUCAGCAUGCUCAUAUCGAAAAAGUCUGAACAGGAUUGGUUUUUAUACCAGAAAAUGUGCCUACAACUUCUUGAAUUUAUCAAAUCUCGGGGAAACUUUCUCGAUUUGAUCUUCAAACAUUUUGCAACGCCAGUUAUAAUGGACUUAUUGCUACAAAUAAUCAAAGAAGUACAAGGAGGAACAUUGAAGAAGAAUUUAUACGAAUGGCUCACAGAACAGAAAUUAGUUGAACGAGUGAUAAGGAUCUUAGGGAACCCAGAAGAGCAUGAAAAACAUACCAAUGUAGCCGAGUUUUUAGUUGAUCUUAUAAAGCACGGCCGCUCAAUGCGCCAGUCGGAUCGGGAAGACUCCCUGGAGCAACCAUUUACAGGAACCGACCCAUUAUUACAAUCGUUGGAGGAUGAAGAGUCAAUAAGUCUUUUGCUCGAUAUGAUGUUGAAGGGCGAGCCAAAAGAAAGCAGCAUUGUUGCUGGUAUUUCAAUUGUACUUACUCUUGUGGACGAAUCAAUUGUAGAUGAACCCGCCUCUGAUAAAGCACUUAAAAAAAUGAUUGAUAAAGAGAGAGAAAAUCACGAACGUGUUGUGUCAACUGUAAUUCAUAUCAUCGCGCCUAGAAUUCAGGAGUUUCAUCAUUUACUUUUAGAACCACCUACAAAAAACUACUCAAUACGUCCUACACAAAGCUUUGGACUUACCAGAUUAGAAAUAUGCCGCUUGUUAACAGUAUUAAUACAAACUGGCAACGAAAAAAUAAUUAAUGCAAUUUGUGAAACUGAAUACUUUAAUACAUUGCUCAAACUAUUUAAGCAAUACAGCUGGAAUAAUUUCCUGCACAGUGAAGUUGACAAAUGCCUUGGGUACGUGUUUGCUUGCUCCGACCAAAAUGAUAACGAAAAGAAUGUCGAAACGAAUCUUACUGCCUUACAAAAACAUGUAAUAAUUAAUUGUAAGAUAAUUUCGAAACUUGUAGAUUGCUGGGAACAUAAUACAGAAACGCAAGCUAGCCAAAAUGGACGUCGUUUAGGAUACAUGGGACACCUCAUACAAAUAUUAAAAAAUGUUUCGUUAUGUGUAUCAAAAUAUGACGAGCUUGGUGCCUUAAUUCAAUCAACUCUAAACGAAGAAGAAUGGGCUAGUUGGAAGUCAUUAACGGAUCCAGAGAAUGGUGAACUCUCGAAUGAAUUGCUUAAACAAACUCGAUUGCUGGCAGAUUGUGAUCCGAAGGCACUUAAUUGCGAUAAUAUCAUAGCUGACCUGGGCAAUCUGGAUGUGAAUAAUAUUAUCUCUCAUAUGGAUACCAAUAUGGAAAUGAAUUACUCGGACGGUAUCGACGACCAGGGUUCUCCACUAGGUGAACCACCAUUGUCCAAGUUCUAUGAUUAUUUAGACAAUGAUAAUGUAAUUAGUUGUUUAUUAUCGUCAUCUGGCGAAAUUUCCGCGAAUUUACGACAAUUGAAAGUAUGGGGUGCUAAUUUAAGUGAGAAUUUAGAUGAUGAUAUGGAUUUAGAACGGUUUAGUAUGGAUUCAACAAAACCAGAAAUAAGUUCAUUGAACAUGACGAUCAAUCCUUGGGGACAAGAUCCAUUCGCAGAAUCUGGAACGAGUGGAAAUGAUGUGGGCGGCUGGGCCGAUUUUUCCUCAAACAACUUUGCUGAUUUCGAUGCUCACUUCAGUUCAUUCAGGAAUGAUUUCGGCGACAAGUAUGAACCUGACCAGGACACUACCCAGCAGCCAGAGCCCCAGACUGAAUUUAAGAUUCUAAUUGAGAAGAGCGAUAAUAAUGCUAACGUUGAAAAAGUUCCCAUAGAAACAAUGUCUGAGCAGCAAACUGAAUUGCAAAAUAAAAAUGCCAAAAACAUAGACUUACAAAAUGCCGGAAAUGAAAGUGUACCGCCGAUGUCAUCUACUAUAGGGAAUGAUUACGAUAAUGAAGCACUCAAAACGAGUAUGUAUAAUGGGGAUGAAGUGAAUUUGGGGGAGCAUGAGCACAAAACCAGUGAGGAAUUGAAACAGGCAUCUGAAGCGACAAAUGAAGAUAAUAAUCCAGUCAUAUCGAACGGUCCAGCUUCAACCAUUCUUCAUGGAGAAGGGGAUUCUUUAGGUGAUGAAAAGUCCAGUGAAUCGCAUACGGAAAAGAACAGUACAAACGUUGACCAGGCCACAAAAAUUAUAGAGGGGGUUCAAUCUCCUCCCGCCAAACCCCCAACAACUACAACGGUAUCGUCAUCAUCGGAAUCAGCAAUCGAAAGCAAAACUACAGGAAUAUCAACUACAGUUACAACCGACAAUGAAACAUCCGAAAAUGGUCCAAUUUAAGGAAGUGUUUUCAUGUAUUAUUUUAGUACAUAUUACUGAAGUUUUUGCUUUGGGUUUUUAUGCUACGAUUUAACUUAGUAAUUUAUAAAAUUGAAUGAAAAAAACAUAAAAAAAAAUUAAAGGUAUAUUUACAUAUGAAAAAAGACGAUAAAGUUUCCUGUACACCUACUUAUCACACAAAUUUUUUCCUGGUAUCAUAUCAUAUUUUUAUGAAGUAAUGAAAUACAUAUAUACCGGCUAAUAUAACAAAGUGAGCAGGAAUCUAAGAAGCUGAACACUUUUUAGUUAUGAUCAAGUUUUUUUUAUUCUUACAUGAUACGUUUUCAAUAUUGUCGUCCACACUUGAUGCUUCUCGAGAAUAUUUUCUAAUAGCAUUCGCAAGUUCAUCGAAUAGUUGCAUUUGAAAUCAAUUUAAAAUUAGAUGAAUAAGCUUGAGUCGAUACCUGUGAAUAUAUAUAAAAAUUCUACUCAUACCAAUGACAAUGAAAGAAGAGGUCUUACCUUGAGCGGGUUCGUUAUUGGUGUCGUAGCAGUUUUUCAUUUGAAUAUUCUGUGUUACUUAAUAGACAAUGAAGACAUCCAAUUGAUGAAAACGCUAUUACCAGAGGAGCUUAUGAGGCAGUAAACACUAUCUCCGAACUUUUCCAGGCAUUUACGGGGGUAGUGUUUCAAAUCAUAGACUGAAUGUUAUGCUUACCUAACUGGCCGAAUAGAUUUGUUGUUUUAGUCCUCUUUCAUUUGUUUCUUUAUUUUUCACUUUGAAAAAAAAAAAAAUAAAAUGCACAAUAAAUACUUAUUAGUAACCGAACGCUAAGAGUAGCAUCGAACUUAGAAACGAUAACAAUAACAAGGUAUUAAGAAAAUAAAUAGUCUUUUUGAGAGCCUCUAUUUCGUAAGUGAUGUACCUUGUUUAUUUGAUGUAAACCUUUCCUAUUAGCUGUAAGAGAGCAAGAUUUUCCUUAUUGGGCUUAUUGAGGCCGAAUUUCGUGUUUAGUACUGAUGAGAACAUACGCUGCCGUUUUGAAUAUUCAGAUGCCCCUGAAGGCAAGUGAUAUUGAACGUAUGCCAAUUGAAACUUUUCAUUUGAACUAUUCAUUACAUAUCUAGGGAGUACACUCUAGCAAAAUUUCGAUAACUAUUGGUCCUCAUAUCUAGACUUAUGAUUGCAAACUUGACCAUGGAAGUGAAUUUAAUAAUAUUCUGCUUUUAUUACGAUGAGCGCGCAUGAGAGCUGACUACUGAUUAAAAUCUGAGGGAAUCUCGAAUAAUCAAAGUGGAAGAUGCAUAUGUUGCUCAAGUGAAGAAUAUUUUCUCGAAGCCUUUUGCAUGAAAAAUAGAGUACGGACGACGAUAUAUGUAUUUGUAUAAGACAAAUAGAUAUACUCUUAAUUAUUCGUGUAGCCUGAAUUGGUUUCAAAUUCGUUUUUAAACCGUUGUCUUCCUUUUGUAUUUUAAACGAGAACGCUUUCCAUGCGGCGUAGACCUACAUAGAAUUGAGCAUGCAUCAAAGUAAGCCACGCAUGUUCUCCCCUUGUGAAAUCAAUUAAAUUGUCUGGCUAACUACUAAAUCGCCUACCCCGUCCGCAUUGAAAGUGGUGAAGGUUGAGUUUGCCUUAUGAUUAUAAUAAAAUAAGAGACGAUGACGACGAUAAAUCAUGUGAGUAGAGAUACGUUACAGAGGAUCAGUUUUAAGACGAAUAAUGGUACAAAAUUUUAAUGAAAAAACCUUUUGCUUUAAUGAUACGUACAUACGUAGUACUGUCUGACAUAUUAAUGAUUAACGAGAAAUGAAAUUCAAAUUAUAUUACGUUACUACUUACAUAAGAGCGUGUGAAUUAUAUUUUUGUGGUCAAAACGAUCGGCUAUUAUAAUGUAUUUUUUUAUUAUUUAAGUGCUGUUCGCUUUUCUGUACCCUGUCAGUGUCUAUUCGAUAAAUAGAGAUUAAUGAUGUUCUAUAUACGCAAGACUAUAAGUAAAAAGAUAAACCUAGGCUAAUUAAUUAUUGCGUAGCUAAUAUUUUUAAUAUUUAUGAAGCAUUCUUGAACACUGAAUACCUGUACAUAUUAUAAUCAAAUACGAAGAUCCGAGCCCCAUUUCUUUUUCAAUUCCAUUGAUACCAAGUGCUUUGGAAAAGCCAACGAGCUAUCUUUGAUUUUGUUUUGCAAUUAAUCUGAGCUGCUGAUUUGAAAAUUGUAAAUUUGAAACUUAGCAUUCAUCAUUCAAGACGAUUCACAAUGUUUCAAAUUCCUGUGUUAAUGUGUGUAUUUUAAAAGUUAUUUGGAGAAACUUAAACUUAAGUUCUAUGAAGGCCCCGACGUUGACGAGACUGUAUCACGAGUUCCACCAGACUCUUAUUUACAAAUGUCCAGAAAAAAUGUUGAGUUCUUCGAGUCAUAUGACACAAAAAACAAAAGAUUCUAAAGACAAUCACGCGAUUCGUUCUUAGUAAAUAAAUAAAUGAUCAUAUUUCCGAUUUAGUGCUUAAGUGGUACAGCAAUCAACUGGGACUAAGAAGUGUGUUGUUUGAUGCCAAUGACUUGUUUCGGUAUUGAUUUUAUUGAGCUUAUAUCCCGAGUAAUAUAUUAUUAAUUGAACAUAUCAAAAGCAAUUUUUAUAAAGAAAUAUUUUCCAUACCGAAUGACGAUGUACUUUAGAGAAAACAGCAAAUUUUUCGAUGAAAUAUGAAAAGAAAAAAACAACACACAGCCUUAUAUUGUGAUAUUAAAUUUGAUAUCGUUAUUUGUUUUGUUUGAUUCAUUUCCAAUAUUCGGCAAUACAACUUUUCCUAAUGCGUAUUGUUUGUAAAAUUAAUAGAGAAUUUGGUAUAGUAGAUAACGCAUAUACAAUACAUAAGAAAAAUCAGUGCCACUACAUUAAAAGAAUGAAAGAAGAAAGCAGAAAUAUUUAAUCCUUAGGUUUUAUCAAUAUAAAUUUCUUUGUAAAGAUCUGCAAACCUUUUCAUUGAAUAGAUAGAUACGAAUUUCACUAGAGUGGUCUACUUUAAUUGAUAACAUAUUGCUCAACAACUAACUUAUUGUGGUUUCUCUUGUUUGGACUGUUUUUUUUUAAGGAGAAAAAUCGGGAGGGACUCCUGAAAAUCGUUCAUCUAGAUAAACAUAUUAUUCGAAGAAUUUCGAAAGAGAAUGGUGUUUGAGGAGACCGUUUUCCGUCCACUCAUCGGUUUUGUUUCUGCUCUGAUUAGAACAAUAUUUUAUUCGAUCCAUCGUCGUCCACCGUAUCUCAUCCUUUCUCAGUGCAUGAUUCUGAAAUAUAGUUAAAUUUUGAUUGUGAAAAAGUCGUAAGUUACAUGAGUACUCGAAGAGUAGAAUUAAAACCAGUGAAAUAUAUUUUUCAUUCGAUCGUGCAACUAUAGUGAAAUAUUUAGAAUACUGUCACCUAAAAAAAUGCAGGGCUCUCCCAGAAAAUUGGUAGCAAGUGGAGAAUUAGAACUAAUAUACGAAUAUAUCAGUAGGAAUGCAUUCUUGAUUGUUUUUGUUGCGAAUUGAUCUUGAAAUUCGUUUUUUCACCAUCCUCUUUCGAAAUGAAAACGUUCAAAACGAAAUACAUGUAUAGGACCUCGCUUACCUCUUCACAUCUGUAAAGCAAUCAUAUUAUUUUUUCGACGGUUAGAACCUAAUGGAGAGAUUCGGUUGAUACCAAUCUAAAGCACAAAAUACUACUGAGCUGGAACAAAAUGAAAUGGAAACAAUGACAUAUGUAGCAAAAAGAUAAUGUCAGCUAGUUUGGAAUUAUAUCGUUUAAUUCAGGGACGUACAACGUACAUUGUAAGAGCCGUAGUGGAUUAAUUUUCAAUAGUAUUCGAGGGUUUAAAGUACGGAAAAGUUAACCAAAAGACAUAUACCUAGAUGAGAUUAUAAUCGUUACAAUGAUCAUCAUUUUUAAGACUAUGCUUUAUAACUUAAAAGAGUAUAAUUUAUACGGAACACCAUUUAUCUUGCCCUAUGUUUAACAUUUUGCAUAUACGCGUAUAAACUAUAACUUGAUUCACAUCGACACAAACAUUUCAAUUAUUCAAUAUUUCUCAAGUUUUAAGAGAACGAAUCAAUACAAAAUGGACCCGAACAUGAAAGACAUAGUGCCGAACGUAGAAAAUUUAAGGCAAAACUUACUUACAAAGUUUAUUUUUAAAGUAUUUCGAUGAUGAUUUGAACUGAGAUUAUGUGACAAUGGGCUUUAACUCAGAUCUCUACAGUAAGCAAUUUUACUCGCACAAUAGUGGUAAUAACGACGUUAACAAUGAAAGAAAAAAACAAGCAGAUGUAAUAAUCAUUGCAGGUACGCGGCGAUUGAAUUCGUUCACUUAGAACCACUUUUUCUAUGAUAUUUAAUAACAACCGAAAGGUGAGAACCGUUUCAUGAUUCAUACAAUUUGCUUCUGAAAGAAAUUGAAGUUACUAGAUGAUUUACGUAGUACGUACAUACUUCAAUGUAACGUAGGUUUAGUGUAAUAGACAUAGAGAAAAAGAAAACAAAAAAAAACAAGUGUAAGAGAGUCAUUUUGAGAACUUUAAAUGGAAACAUACAUACAUGGUGCAAUAAUGUGAUUUCAGGCAUUGAAAUUUUGUACUUUCUUAGUUUUAAAAAGUGACAGAGGUAGUAUUUGUAACCUAAACAGUUUAAGUAAUAUCGAAUAUCUUCCUAUUCAAAAAAAAAAUAAUUAGAUUAAAAGAAAAAAAAAAUACAAUUGUUUAACUUAACCGUUAAGGAUGGCUUUGUAAUUGUUAAUCUGUAAUUGUAAUUAAAAUGUGAAGGAGAAAAAAACAAAUUAGGAAGGAACAUUCUAAAUGAGAGUAAUUUAAAUGUUGAAUUAUAUCGUCCUUAUCGAGAGUAAGAUAAGCAUCAAUUGAACAACCUAACAACUUGAAGAAAAAAAAACAUGAUAAGAAAAUUGUGAGAAAAAUUAUAAUAGUUAUGUGUUAAAUGUGCAACCAAAACUUUAAUCUGUGCCUACAAGAAAUAAUACAAAUAAUAAUUAAUCAAAAUACUUAGA